CGCCAGCCCGCCCGCCGCCCGGGAGCCGCCGGGACCCAGAGUCCGAGGAGCUGCGCGGGGCCGGGCGCCGGGCCCGGGGGACGCAGCGCUCGUGCGACAGCCGUGCCCGCCGGGCCGACCCGCGGCGACCGCGCCAUGGACGAGCCGCCCUUCGCGGCCCUGGAGCGGGCGCUGGCCGAGCCCUGCGAGCUGGACGCGGCGCUGCUGACGGACAUCGAAGACAUGCUCCAGCUCCUCAGCAACCAAGAUGCCGACUUUCCAGGCCUGUUCGACCCGCCGUACGCUGGGGGCGGAGCGGCGGGCGCAGACCCCGCGCGUCCGGAAGCCCGCUCCCCGAACGGCUCCUCUCCACCGCGUGCCACCAUGAGCUCCCCACUGGAAGGCUUUCUGGGGGGGGCCAAGGCCAUCCCCCCACUGUUGUCCCCUCCCCAGCCUGCGUCCGCAUUGAAGAUGUACCCACCUGGGCCUGCCUUCUCCCCCGGGCCUGGGAUCAAGGAGGAGCCAGUGCCACUGACCAUCCUGCAGCCCCCCACCCCACAACCCCUGCCAGGGGCCCUCCCGCCCCAGAGCUUUCCGGCCUCAGCCCCGCUGCAGCUCAACUCGAGCCCCAGCCCCGUGCCCCCCAGCCCCGUGCCGGGCUAUCCCAGCCCCGCCGGCUGCUUUUCCACAGGGACCCCUCCCGGGAGCACCCCACAGCCUCGGCCUGGCUCGCCAGGUGGCCCGCCAGUCUCCGUGCACGCCCAGGUUCAGAGCGCAGCCCCCCAGCCACUGUUGACAGCCACAGCCCCCACCACAGUGGCCCCUGGAACAGCCACUGUGGCCUCACAGAUCCAGCAGGUCCCGGUCCUGCUGCAGCCCCACUUCAUCAAGGCCGACUCGCUGCUCCUGACGGCCGUGAAGGCAGACCUGGGAGCCCCUGCGAAGGCGGCGGGUGUUGGCUCCCUGGCCGCUGGCACGGCUGUGCAGACCGGGCCCUUGCAGACCCUGGUGAGUGGCGGGGCCAUCCUGGCGACAGUGCCGCUGGUCGUGGACGCUGACAAGCUGCCCAUCAGUCGGCUGGUGGCCAGUGGGAAGGCCCUGGGUGCGGCCCAGAGCCGCGGCGAGAAGCGAACAGCCCACAAUGCGAUUGAGAAGCGCUACCGCUCCUCCAUCAACGACAAGAUCAUCGAGCUCAAGGACCUGGUGGUGGGCGCUGAGGCGAAGCUGAAUAAAUCUGCUGUCCUGCGCAAGGCCAUUGACUACAUUCGCUUUCUACAGCAGAGCAACCAGAAACUCAAGCAGGAAAACUUGAGUCUGCGCGCUGCUGCGCAUAAAAGCAAACCUCUGAGGGACCUGGUGUCAGCCUGUGGCGGUGGAGGAGACGCCGACGUGCCCAUGGAGGGCAUAAAGCCUGAGGUGGACACGCUGAGCCCACCACCGUCGGACGCAGGCUCGCCCUCCCGGAGCAGCCCGCUGUCCCUCAGCAGCAAGGGCGGCGGCGGCGGCAGCGACUCGGAGCCCGACAGCCCCGUCUUCGAGGACAGCCAGGCGAAGCCGGAGCCGCCGCCGCCCGCCCACAGCCGGGGCCUGCUGGACCGCUCCCGCCUGGCCCUGUGUGCGCUCCUCUUCCUCUGUCUCUCCUGCAACCCUUUGGCCUCCCUGCUGGGCAGCUGGGCUCUCCCUGGCCCCUUGGAUGCCACCAGCACCCACCAGGGCUCUGGGCGCAGUGUGCUGGGCACUGAGGACAGAGAGGGCCCUGGCUGGGCGCCGCGGCUGCUGCCCCCACUGGUCUGGCUGACUAACGGGCUGCUGGCGCUGGGCUCCUUGGCGCUUCUCUUUGUCUAUGGAGAGCCAGUCACGCGGCCCCACUCGGGCCCCGCCGUGCACUUCUGGAGGCACCGCAAGCAGGCGGACCUGGACCUGGCCAGGGGGGACUGCGCCCAGGCCUCCCAGCAGCUGCAGCUGGCCCUCCGGGCGCUGGGCCGGCCCCUGCCCACCUGCCCCCUGGACCUGGCCUGCAGCCUGCUCUGGAACCUCCUCCGCCACCUGCUGCAGCGGCUCUGGCUGGGCCGUUGGCUGGCGGGCCGGGCUGGGGGCCUGCAGCGGGACUGCGCUCUACAGGCGGAUGCCCGCGCCAGUGCCCGGGACGCGGCCCUGGCCUACCACCGGCUGCACCAGCUGCUCGCCACGGGGAAGUACGCGGGCGGGCGCCUCACUGCUGCCAACCUGGCGCUGAGCGCGCUGAACCUGGCGGAAUGUGCGGGGGACGCCGUGUCUGCGGCCACGCUGGCCGAGAUCUACGCGGCCGCUGCACUGACUGUGAAGACCCACCUCCCGCGGGCCCUGCACUUUCUGACACGCCUCUUCCUGAGCAGUGCCCGCCAGGCCUGCCUGGCGCAGAGUGGCGCAGUGCCCAUUGCCCUGCAGUGGCUCUGCCACCCUGUGGGCCACCGUUUCUUCGUGGAUGGGGACUGGGCUGUGGGCAGCCCCCCGAGGGAGAGCCUGUACAGCUCGGCCGGGAACCCAGUGGACCCCUUGGCCCAGGUGACCCAGCUGUUCCGAGAACACCUCUUGGAGCGGGCACUGAACUGCGUGGCCCAGCCCAGCCCCAGCCCUGCAUCAGCCGAUGGGGACAGGGAGUUCUCGGAUGCCCUGGGGUACCUCCAGCUGCUGCACAGCUGCUCUGACGCGGCCGGGGCCCCGGCGUGCAGCUUCUCCACGGGCUCCAGCAUGGCCGCCGCCACCGGCACAGACCCGGUGGCCACAUGGUGGGCCUCGCUGACGGCUGUGGUGGCGCACUGGCGGCGGCAGGACGAGGAGGCUGCGGCGCGGCUGUACCCGCUGGUGGAGCGCCUGCCCCGCGCCCUGCAGGAGUCCGAGAGACCCUUGCCCAGGGCAGCUCUGCUCUCCUUCAAGGCUGCCCGGGCCCUGCUGGGCCGCAGGAAGACCGAGGCCAGCCCGGCCAGCCUGGCCCUCUGUGAGAAGGCCAGUGGGUACCUGCAGGACAGCCUGGCCAUCACCACAGCCGGCAGCUCCAUUGACAAGGCCAUGCAGUUGCUCCUGUGUGACCUGCUCCUUGGGGCGCGCACCAGCCUGUGGCUGAGGCAGCAGCCGUCGGCACCAGCCCAGGCCGCGCAGGGCCAGGGCAGCGGAGCCCAGGCCUCAGCCCUCGAGCUGCGUGGCUUCCAGCGGGACCUGAGCGGCCUGAGGCGCCUGGCACAGAGCUUCCAGCCCGCCAUGCGGAGGGUGUUCCUGCAUGAGGCCACGGCCCGGCUGAUGGCGGGGGCCAGCCCCACGCGGACGCAGCAGCUCCUGGACCGCAGUCUGAGGAAGAGGGCAGGUGCCUGCGGCAAAGGCGGCGCCGCGGAGGUGGAGCUGCGCCCCCGGCGGGAGCACGCCGAGGCCCUGCUGCUGGCCUCCUGCUGCCUGCCGCCCUGCCUGCUGGCGGUGCCCGGGCAGCGCGUGGGCAUGCUGGCCGAGGCGGAGCGCAUGCUCGAGAAGCUCGGGGACCGCCGGCUGCUGCACGACUGCCAGCAGAUGCUCAUGCGCCUGGGCGGCGGGACCACCGUCACCUCCAGCUAGACCCGCCCACGCCCCGUGUGAAGGGCCUGGUUGCCCUUGGGCUGUGUCGCGGCUGGAGCCUCGCAGGCCAACGGCAGCGCCAGAGGCCCCAGUGCCGACGAUGCACCCAGGGGCCGCACUGCAUCGGCAGGAGAUGGGGACGAAGGGGAGAUCCUUGGGGGCUUUUGCCUCUUGACCUGGGAGGCCCGAGGGAGCGGGACCCCGACACCCCCUGCCCACUCGCCAACCCGAGGCACCGAGGCCAGGAUGGUGCUGGCCUCUGGUGGCCGGUCGGGGAAUUGCAGGAGCCGGUCGGGUCUGUCGCCGCUGCUCUGCAGGCACCCGGUGGAGGGAAGAGGGUGCAUCUCCCUUAGCUGAGGGGCCGAUGGCUUUCCUGGCCUCUGAGGCUCAAGUGUUACUUUGCCAUUUAUAAACUUUAUUUUCAUAGGUUGAGAAGUUUUGUACAGAAUAAAAAAUGAAAUUAUUUAUAA